UUUGCCCCACGACCUUUCAAUAUGAGGUCUGGGAGGACGCGCCGGGCAGAAGAUAUUCCCUUGGUGUCAGAGUGGUUCAAAGAGCAUUGUCCUCCAGCCUAUCCUGUUAAAGUUCGGGUUAGUUACCAGAAGCUAUUGAAAUGCUAUGUGCUGAAUGAGUUGCACCAUAGACCACCUAAAGCUCAGAAGAAGAAGCACUUGUUUCGAUCUCUUGCAGCUACGAAGUUUUUCCAAAGUACCGAACUGGAUUGGGUUGAAGUGGGUCUGCAAGUCUGUCGUCAGGGUUAUAAUAUGCUGAAUCUACUGAUUCAUAGGAAGAAUUUAAACUACCUGCAUCUUGACUACAACUUCAACCUCAAGCCUGUGAAAACUUUGACCACCAAAGAGCGUAAAAAGUCACGUUUUGGGAACGCUUUCCAUCUCUGCCGUGAGAUUCUCCGACUGACAAAACUUGUAGUUGAUGCGAAUGUCCAAUUCCGACUUGGUAAUGUUGAUGCCUUCCAAUUGGCUGACGGUCUGCAAUAUAUUUUCUCUCACGUUGGGCA